AUGAAGCCUGCUGAGUUGAGAUUCCUUCUCGAGCUCUUCCUCUUCGCCUUACUGGCUACCCCUAUCAUGGGUGGUGUCGCUAAACUUACGAAACAGAUAUGUGGAGACUUCAAAGACCCCUGCAAUAUGGACCCGAAACAUGGCAGCUGCUAUGAAGUCCACUUUAGAUAUUUCUACAACAAAACCUCCCAAAGAUGUCAAAGUUUUAUCUUCACUGGCUGUGAUGGCAACAUUAACAACUACCAGCUUAAAAUAGACUGUCAAGUAGCCUGUGAGGAAGAGUACAGAGUACCGUAA